AUGUCUUUGCAAACAGCAGAUCUCACCUCUACACCACAUUCUUCUUCCACUUCUUUAAACACAACACUAGUUGAAGCUCCUACACCUUCACAGAACCCAACUCUCGCCCUUGAAAAGUAUAAGAAGAAAGAUGCUGCUAAAGUCAUAGUUCGUUUUCGAGCAAUCGGAAAUGCCCCAAUUUUAAAACAAAACUUGUAUAAAAUCAGUGCCUCCAAUAAAUUCCAAGCUGUCAUUCAGUUUUUGAGGAAGGAACUUAAUUAUAAAGCUUCCGAACCACUGUUCUUGUACAUAAACAGUGCAUUUUCUCCUGCUCCAGAUGAAAUAGUUGCCAAUUUAGUCAAGAUGGACAUUUGA